UCAGACGCCGCCCGCAGCAGGAGUUGGCGGUGGCUUUGGCGCAGGCCCAUCCGGUGUUGAGCGGCCAAGAAGGCGCUCGCGCGCAGAUUUGCUGCCUGGUCCUUACUCUACCACCGCCUCGAUGUCAAAUCGAAGUCGAGCUGCAACACUAAGCGCGGCAAGCGCGCAUCCCUACACGUUUACGGAAUUUCCUCAUCAGCCCGGCGCGUCAGCUUCAGGCCAACAAGAGGCUGGUCAUGAAGCUGCACAGCCGCCUCAGAGCUCCUACCCUAGGGCCGAGAGUUCCACCGCAGUCGCCACGACUCCGCUAGAAGGGAUCUCGCGCGUGAAAGCAGGCUUACGUUAUCAACUAGUGGUUGUACAGCAUCCCAGCAGGGCGCGGAUGUGCGGCUUCGGAGACAAGGAUCGACGACCUCUGAGUCCAACUCUGAUCGUCAAGCUUGUGAUUACAGAGGAAGCAACUGGAGAGGAGGUGUCGCCAUGGAAAGUGAACACGUCCUUGUUCUACCUAGCGUGCGAUCUUUGCCAUCCCGAACUGCUGAUGGCCUCUCCGCGCAAUGUCUUGGUUCAUCAUCACUCAACGACCGUGCCCGUCCCUUCGCCCGGCCUAGGAAAUCCAUCUGAAUACGGCGCCUUCCCUGGACCAAGCAGUCGACCCUCUUCUGCAGACUAUCCAAGCAUAAGGCCUCCUACACCAACGACGCCCGGCGCAGGCAGCCUAUCCUCGCUCGCAGCCCUCCACCUCGGCUCUCGCUCUCGAUCUUCCUCUGAUGCGCGUGGUCCAUACGACACUGCGAUGGGGAGCGGCGUGGAGAUCUCGUCUAGCGGGUCCGGAAUGCCACCUUCCAUCCUGCCGGCUGGUCUUCAAACCUUGACGACAGAGUCGUACACUCGCAACCUGGUCGGAGCCUCGGUGGCCAGUGCGAAUGUCCUCAAGGACGAGCGCGAUCAUACUUGCAUCUUUUUCGUGCUCCAAGACUUGAGCGUGCGCACAGAGGGAUCCUAUCGAUUGAAGCUACUCUUUGCAGAUCUUUCGAGCUGCAGGGAUGGGCAGUCCAAUGAGGGUGUCUCCACUGCCUUGGCAGAAGUGUAUACAGAUCCUUUCACCGUUUAUUCGCCGCGCCGAUUUCCUGGUAUGCACGAUCCGACGGAACUCUCGAAGAAGUUGGCAGCGCAAGGCGUCAAGAUUGCUACGCGAUCGGAUAGGAAGAAGCGCAGGCGCUCGGGUGGACAAGGCGCGGGAGCUUCGGGUGCGGCAGGGGAGGAGAUGGGAGAGGAGGAGGAAGACGAGUAGAUGUAGAGAGAGGCGUGGCGCACGCCUCUUUCGCGCAUCGCCUUGCGCCGUUCGCAAUCGCGACUCGAUCCACUGCCCUCUUCGAGCCACACCAGUAUAUGCACAAAGGAGUUGAAAUGCGAUGAGAUUUGUCUGGCGCAUGCAGCGGAUUGGACCUCACAUUUGCCCAUGUGCCGCGAACCUGAUCCCUCGAGCUUCCAUAUCGACAUGUAUCAGCAUCACCUCGGCCCCCCAUCGGCUCGGGACUAGUACCUCGCAAGGCUUGGUCGUGCGCGUACCAUUUGAUGGUGGAAAUACAAGACGUUGGCGAGUAGCAGAGGAGCUGCGAUGUGCGUAGGCGUGUGCCCAAGUGGUACGAUGAGGGAAUGCAAGAGAGGAAAUCGAAGAAGAGUGGGGGGG